UGUGCUGCUUGCUCCAGGGUUGUCUGUCUUUGAUUUACCGCCCUUGUUAGUGAUUGGUUCAAGACAGAUCAUGUGAUCUUGCCAUAUCCAAUGGCGUGGGAGGAUGUGUGUAGGGGGUGGCUCUUCCGCCGGAAGCUGUUUGUGCUGCUUGCCCCGGGCGUCGUCAGGGUUUGCCACCUGCCGCUGCUGUCCUUCUGAGGGGGAAGGCGAGGUUGCGGAGGGCUGGGCUGGCAUGGAAGGGGACGGAAGAACCUGGAUUUCGGUUGACGUCCUUGAGCUGCUGUAUGAGCUGGCUGUGGAAGCCUGGCUGGCCACCUGCUGGACUUCUGUCGUGUGAGCGCUGACAGAAGGCUACACCGGGGCCCUGCACGAAAACAGACACGGCAGCUCUGUGCAGAUCCGCAGGCGCAAGGCUUCGGGGGACCCGUACUGGGCCUAUUCUGGUGCCUAUGGUCCUGAACACUGGGUCACGUCUAGCGUCAGCUGUGGGGGCCGUCACCAGUCUCCUAUAGACAUUUUAGACCAGCAUGCGCGUGUCGGGGAAGAGUACCAAGAACUGCAACUUGAUGGCUUCGACAACGAGUCUUCUAACAAAACCUGGAUGAAAAACACAGGGAAAACAGUUGCCAUCCUUCUGAAAGACGACUAUUUUGUCAGUGGCGCGGGCCUGCCCGGCAGAUUCAAAGCCGAGAAGGUGGAAUUUCACUGGGGCCACAGCAAUGGCUCAGCAGGCUCUGAACACAGCAUCAACGGAAGGAGGUUUCCUGUUGAGAUGCAGAUUUUCUUUUACAAUCCAGAUGACUUUGACAGCUUUCAAACUGCAAUUUCUGAGAACAGAAUAAUCGGAGCCAUGGCCAUAUUUUUUCAAGUCAGUCCAAGGGACAAUUCUGCACUGGAUCCUAUUAUCCAUGGGUUGAAGGGCGUCGUACAUCACGAGAAAGAGACCUUCCUGGAUCCUUUCGUCCUCCGGGACCUCCUGCCCGCGUCCCUGGGCAGCUAUUACCGGUACACAGGUUCUUUGACCACCCCGCCGUGUAGCGAGAUCGUGGAGUGGAUAGUUUUCCGGAGACCCGUCCCCAUCUCCUACCACCAGCUCGAGGCUUUUUAUUCCAUCUUCACCACGGAGCAGCAAGACCACGUCAAGUCGGUGGAAUAUCUGAGAAAUAACUUUCGACCACAGCAGGAUCUGAACAACAGGGUGGUGUCCAAAUCCGCCGUCCGUGAUGCCUGGAACCAUGACAUGACAGACUUCUUAGAAAACCCACUAGGGACAGAAGCCUCUAAAGUCUGCAGCUCGCCACCCGUCCACAUGAAGGUGCAGCCCCUCAACCAGACGGCGCUGCAGGUGUCCUGGAGCCAGCCCGAGACCGUCUACCACCCGCCCAUCAUGAACUACAUGAUCUCCUACAGCUGGACCAAGAACGAGGACGAGAAGGAGAAGACGUUCACCAAGGACAGCGACAAGGACUUGAAAGCCACCAUUAGCCACGUCUCACCCGACAGCCUUUACCUGUUCCGCGUGCAGGCUGUGUGUCGGAACGACAUGCGUAGCGACUUCAGCCAGACGAUGCUCUUUCAAGCUAAUACCACUCGAAUAUUCCAAGGUACCAGAAUUGUGAAAACAGGAGUGCCCACAGUGUCACCUGCCUCCUCCGCCGACAUGGCUCCCAUCAGUUCAGGGUCUUCUACCUGGACGUCCUCUGGCAUCCCCUUCUCGUUCGUUUCCAUGGCCACUGGGAUGGGCCCCUCCUCCAGCGGCAGCCAGGCGACAGUGGCCUCAGUGGUCACCAGCACGCUCCUGGCCGGCCUGGGCUUUGGCGGCGGCGGCAUCUCCUCCUUCCCCAGCACCGUGUGGCCCACGCGCCUGCCCACGGCCGCGGCGGCCAGCAAGCAGGCGGGCAGGCCGGUGCUGGCCACCACGGAGGCCGCGGCCUCCCCAGGGCCAGACAAUGACUCGGCGCCCACCAAGGACGGCGAGGGCGCGGAGGACGGCGGCGGCAAGGACGAGAAGGGCGAGAGCGAGGACGGCGAGCGCGAGCACGAGGAGGACAGCGACAAGGACUCCGAGAAGAAGGAGAAGGGCGCGGUGACCCAGGCCACCGAGGAGCGGACCCAGGCGGAGCCCAGCCCCACGGCCGCCUCCCCCAGCAGGACCGCCCAGGACGGGGGGCACCAGACUAUACCCGGGCGCGGGCCAGCCCACACACCCGCCGUCCCCACCGACUGGCCAGGGGGGCGCAGGGACGCCGGCCCAGGCCUGGGCCCCGGUUCGGUCACCUCCACCCAAGUGCCCGCCACAGCCACGGAGGAGCAGUUCACAGCGGGAGAUCCCAGGAGGCCCGAAGCGCCAUCCAAGAAGCCUGCGUCCCGAGGCGACCGCUUUUCCGAGGACAGCAGAUUCAUCACUGUCAAUCCAGAAAAGAACACUUCUGGAAUGAUUAGCCGCCCCGCCCCGGGCAGGAUGGAGUGGAUCAUCCCUCUGAUCGUGGUGUCAGCCUUGACCUUCGUGUGCCUCGUCCUUCUCAUCGCUGUGCUCGUCUACUGGAGAGGGUGUAACAAAAUAAAGUCCAAGGGCUUUCCCAGACGUUUCCGCGAAGUGCCUUCUUCUGGGGAGACAGGAGAGAAGGGGAGCAGAAAAUGUUUUCAGACUGCUCAUUUCUACGUGGAAGAUAGCAAUUCCCCUCGGGUGGUCCCCAAUGAAAGUAUUCCCAUUAUUCCUAUUCCUGAUGACAUGGAAGCCAUUCCUGUCAAACAGUUUGUUAAACACAUCGGUGAGCUCUAUUCUAAUAACCAGCAUGGGUUCUCCGAGGAUUUUGAGGAAGUCCAGCGCUGUACGGCUGAUAUGAACAUCACUGCAGAACAUUCCAAUCAUCCAGAAAACAAGCACAAAAACAGAUACAUCAACAUUUUAGCAUAUGAUCACAGUAGGGUGAAGUUAAGACCUUUACCAGGAAAAGACUCUAAGCACAGCGACUACAUAAAUGCAAACUACGUUGAUGGUUACAACAAAGCAAAAGCCUACAUUGCCACCCAGGGGCCUCUCAAGUCUACGUUUGAAGAUUUCUGGAGGAUGAUUUGGGAACAAAACGCUGGAGUCAUCAUCAUGAUUACAAACCUUGUGGAAAAAGGAAGACGAAAAUGUGAUCAGUAUUGGCCAACAGAGAAUAGUGAGGAGUAUGGAAACAUUAUUGUCACGCUGAAGAGCACAAAAGUACAUGCCUGCUAUACUGUUCGUCGUUUUUCAGUCAGAAAUACAAAAGUGAAAAAGGGUCAGAAGGGAAACCCCAAAGGGCGCCAGAACGAAAGGGUGGUGAUCCAGUAUCACUACACGCAGUGGCCUGACAUGGGAGUCCCCGAGUACGCCCUGCCUGUCCUGACCUUCGUGAGGAGAUCCUCGGCCGCCCGGACGCCAGACAUGGGGCCCGUGUUGGUGCACUGCAGCGCUGGCGUGGGCAGGACAGGCACCUACAUUGUAAUCGACAGCAUGCUGCAGCAGAUCAAAGACAAAAGCACAGUUAACAUCCUGGGAUUCCUGAAGCAUAUCAGGACACAGCGCAACUACCUCGUCCAGACUGAGGAGCAGUACAUUUUCAUCCAUGAUGCCUUGUUGGAAGCCAUUCUUGGAAAGGAGACUGAAGUAUCUUCAAAUCAGCUGCAUAGCUACGUUAACAGUAUCCUCAUACCAGGAGUAGGAGGAAAGACAAGACUGGAAAAACAAUUCAAGCUGGUCACACAAUGUAAUGCAAAAUAUGUGGAAUGCUUUAGUGCUCAGAAAGAGUGUAACAAAGAAAAGAACAGAAACUCUUCAGUCGUGCCAUCUGAGCGUGCUCGAGUGGGUCUUGCGCCACUGCCUGGAAUGAAAGGAACAGAUUACAUUAAUGCUUCUUAUAUCAUGGGCUAUUAUAGGAGCAAUGAAUUUAUUAUAACCCAGCACCCUCUGCCACACACUACGAAAGAUUUCUGGCGAAUGAUAUGGGAUCACAACGCACAGAUCAUUGUCAUGCUGCCAGACAACCAGAGCUUGGCAGAAGAUGAGUUUGUGUACUGGCCAAGUCGAGAAGAAUCCAUGAACUGUGAGGCCUUUACUGUCACCCUUAUCAGCAAAGACAGGCUGUGCCUCUCUAAUGAAGAACAAAUUAUCAUCCAUGACUUUAUCCUUGAAGCUACACAGGAUGACUAUGUCCUAGAAGUUCGACACUUCCAGUGUCCCAAAUGGCCUAACCCAGAUGCCCCCAUAAGCAGCACCUUCGAACUCAUCAAUGUCAUCAAGGAAGAGGCCUUAACAAGGGAUGGCCCCACCAUUGUUCAUGAUGAGUAUGGAGCAGUGUCAGCAGGGACGCUAUGUGCCCUCACCACCCUGUCCCAGCAGCUGGAGAAUGAAAAUGCUGUGGAUGUUUUCCAGGUUGCAAAAAUGAUCAAUCUCAUGAGGCCUGGGGUGUUCACAGACAUUGAACAAUACCAAUUUGUCUAUAAGGCAAUGCUCAGCCUGGUCAGCACUAAAGAGAAUGGAAACGGCCCCAUGACAGUGGACAGAAACGGUGCUGUUCUAAUUGCAGACGAGUCAGACCCUGCCGAGAGCAUGGAGUCGCUCGUGUGACCGGAAUCCUGAAAGGGCACUUACAAUUUGUAAACUUCUGAAGACUGAGAACUUUUUUGAGGCCUUUUUUGCCAGACUCUAGGUUAUACAAUAACCCAGUUACUUUUUUACACUGAUAAAAGUUUUGAUAUUUAUUUUUUGCCAUUUUAUGUCUUAAUGGUAUCCUACUGAGCAUUUGCACCUCUGUUCAUUUCACACCGUGAAACGCAAUUUGACCUAGUUUGCACUAUAUGAUCAGUGUUACUGCCUAUAAUCUGAUGCUAAAGCAAGCCCUGAUGUGACAUUCCAUGACAACAUACAUGCUACUUUUUAGUUGAGUACAGUGAAGGUCUUUGUUAUGACAGUGAAUCUUGAUUUUACUAUUAUUAUUAUUAUUAUUAUUGCUAAAGCAGCUGCAUUCUACUAGCAGGCAAUGCUGUGCUUUUCUCCUCGGUCCUCCUCUCCCGUUUCUUAAGGCACUGUUCAAUACUGUGCGCCUUCUGUAUUUUAAUGGAGUGGAUGGGCACUGUUUUCUUUUACAGAUGAGCAGGCUAUUGGGAGCUACUCAGGAGGUCUGUUAACACCGUGGCCUUGAAACAGUUCCAUUUAUGAUGGUUAAAAGAUCCAUUAAAAAGUUAGAAGGCUUAAGAGUUGCUUCAUGUGAACAUCUCCUAUUAGUUACAAAAUUAUAUUCACAGCUUAAAAAAUUGUGUCAAAAUAAAUAACUCUGUAUUACAGCUUUCACAGUAGCUAUGUGGACAGUGUGUGUUAUUUCCAUUUUGACUCUCUGAAAUAGCUACACCCUAAAAACCAGGGCUUUUACAACAGAGAGAUGGCAACAUUUUACAAAACUCAGUUAUGAGACCCUUUAGUUACUCUCCGUUAAUGCUUCUGGGUUUAUAAUACCAUACCUUACAGUAGGUAGAAUGAAAAUUUUUGCAGGUGUGUAAUUCUGAAACUAGUCCUCUAAAAAUUCCCCUAUUAGUCAUAUAGCAAUCUAAUAAAAACUACCUAUAUAGUUAAUCUUUCCUUUCCUUUCCUUUUUUGCCAAAUGUUUCAUAAUAAAUCCCUUAACAAUAUAUAUUCUUCUACUUAAGAUUAAACUGAAAAUGCUAUAUAAGCAAAAGUCUUGGGACUAACUAAAAUCCCACACAUGGAUAAAUCUGAUUUGGAGAAUAUUAAAAUCUUGCAUAAAAGGUGAUACCUACGUUUUCAGGUAGUGUAGAGGGAGACGGCUUUGUAUGCUUUUGUGUGGUUUAGUGUCAAGGGCAGAUACACUUCAGUAAAAGAUGCCAAUAAUCAUUAGAGAGCCCAAGAAAGCGAUCUGGUUCACCCUCUGGAAACAAAUUCACCCUGUUCACCGUAAUGGGAAAAUUAGGAGCAUUAAUAAGAAAUUUCUGUAGAGUUUGUUUAAAUUAAAAAAUAAGCUACUUACUGAAAUCUGUUUCUUCUACUGCAUGUUUGCUCUUGAGGGGCGGCUUCUAUCGGAAGUAAAAUCAUCACCAGAACUGGGCCUGUUAGAAGAACAGGGUUUUAUUUCUUAUGUCAAUAAAUUUCAACAGAAAGGCCACACUGGCUAUCAUACUAUCAGAGUAGGCAUUAAACACUAAUUAUGAUCAACACUGAGGUUCUAUUUACCUUGAGGUGGCUUUCUAUGACCUUUGUCAGCAUGGUGCUGGAGGACCAAAGUUGCUAAGGAGAGAGUCUACGGGCCAAGUUCAAUAGUUUCAAUGCAAAGGCCAUAUCAAUAAAUGUUUCAGCUUUUUAUCACGUAGACUCAACAACCCGGAAUAGUCUGCGCUUCAAGAACUGUGUAGGCCAGUCUUGAGACAAGGUGUUCAAGUGAGCAGAGCCUGCUGAUGUGCGUGCUAGAUGGCACACACCUUCUGCAGCCCUUCUGCUCCGUGGUGCUGCGGGAAGCUCCACCGAGCAUGAGCAAAGCCUGGACACAGGAGCACAACUGCCAGGCGCUGAAGGAAGUCAGGGAAGGAAAGAACUAGAUUUUUGUUUGUUUGUUUUUUAGUCAAUGAAGUAGUUUAUUUUAGUUGUACUGAGUGUUGAUGUGAGCUGACUCUUUUUAGUAGAUGGCAGUGUUGGCCUGAUGUACAAAAGUAGUGUUCAAUGUAGGGUUCAUGGUCCCUCGCUCAAUAAUUUUUGCUUACUAAGAGUAAACAUUGGUUAGAAGAUGAAUAACAAGUGUUCCCUUCUGUGCCAUCUGCAGAGGGCUCAACUCAUGGAGACGCGUACCCUCCAGUGCAAUUCUGUGGGCAUCGCAAUCAUUUAUAAAAGAAUGAGACAGCGAGUAAAUAGGACAGAAAUAUAAUACGCAUGGUUUAGAAGUUCUCUGAGAGCAAUCUGUGUCUAUGGUGGGCUUGAACCAAAGUCUACAGAACUGCAAGCGACUGCUGUUUGCCCAUUCUGCCAAAGCGCUCCAGACAUUCUUCACUGAGGACAGUGACAUUCAGCAGUUCUGUGCUUUCAGCAGAGUAUAUCCUCGCUAUGGUUAAUUUGUUAUUAGGAAAAAUGUGCUUGUGUCUUUCCAGAAUGCAGAGUUUCAGAGAUGGUGUUUGCUUUGAGACAUGAGCACACUGCCUAAGUACAUGACAAGGUCACCACCACUUGUACUCAAGGGGAAAGGCAAUAGCUACUGCAAAUUCAUGUGUGCUAUUUUAUAAAACAAGCUGUUUCUGUGUAGGAGUUUACCUCUAGGUAAAUAUAAUGUACACAUCAUACAAAACCGAAUUGUAAUGACCUGUCCACACGGCCAUGCUGGACAUCAGAGAAAAGACCCUUUGCUGCCAUCUGGAGAACUCUUUCUUGCACCCAAUAGCCACAAUACCAUCUUUAAAAAGAAAAAAGAAAAAGCUAACUUCUGAAUUUUAAGAAGAAUAAGAUUAAUUAGUUUUCCUCAUUUUUAUGCCUUGGAGCUCUUAGAGUCCAUUUCAAGUAGGAGAGUCCAGCGACGUCAAAGAAAGCUUAUGGUGUUCAAGGUCUGGAUGUUGGGAGUUUUUAGCCCAGGGUGAGACAUUGGAAUCAAUAAAUAACCUUACUUUAUAAUGACACAGCACAACUGCCUUGUUACGGAUUUUUUCUUAAAUGCAUAUAUACUAUAUUUAAAAUUAAAAUAUAGAUACCAAUUUACCAAAGAUACAUAUUACUAAUUCUAAGCAAAAAAUAAAAGAAACCCAAACUCAUCAUAAUUUAAGAAAAAAUAAUCAAAGUGUAGUUUGUCUUAAGAAUUUAACAGUUAUACUGGAAAAUGCAUUUUCAACUCCUAUGUUCUAAAAUUUAUGUUCAAAUGGUGCCAGUGACUUUUUAUAUGAAGGGAAAUGCCUGCUUUUUGUUUUUUUUUAACAGCUGUAAUUUCACUUAACCCCUUGCGCUUUCCCUUAGUUGCCAUUUAACAUACAAUAUUGGCUUUACUUAUCUCUAGAAAGAAGGCAUGCUACAAAUAGGAAGGAAUUGUAAUAAUAUUUGGCCUCUACUUUGUCUUAGCUGUUAAACUGUUUUUAGUAUUUUUGUUAAAUAUUUGCAAAGGGAAGCAUUUUCUACAGAGGAUAAUUAAUUUCAAGAAAAAUAUCUUGAGUUUUAAGAAAUAAACAUCUCCAGAAAAGGAGACAGUCAAUUUUAUAAAAUGUCGCAACUCUCCAACAUUUGGGGUAGUGACUCCUUUUUUGUUAGAACAUUUGAAACUAGCAAGCAGCCAUUGUUUCUAAAGAAUUCAGCCUUCAUGUUGAUUCCUGUUUCUUUCAAUUCGUUUUGAAAUAGCUAAAAUCAUUAAAACUGUAAAUAUUUUGUUGCUUGGGUAAGCAUCUUCUGGGAACUUUGUAUCUAUGGUAUAUAAUCAUAGAAUUUUAUAUUUUCAUAUAAAGCUAAUUUUUUUCUAGUUUCAACUCCGUCAUAGUUUUUUUUUUUUUUUUUCCUUUCUGUGGUGGAUAUGUGAAUUCAACUUUCUGUGUAUUGAAGUAGCAAGAACCAUCUUUGCAUUCCAAAAGAAUCCAACAUGUGUUAUUUCUUUGAGGCAGUGAUUGUGAAAAUUGGGUUUUAUUUUAAUUCCAUUGACCAUUUGUGCAAUAGGAAUUAGACAUAUUUAGUCACUGAAUACAUUCGUCGCAUUGACCCGUUUGGAAAAAGUGAUUUUUUUUUUUUUAAUUUGUUCGGGGGGAGGGGUUUUGUAACCUGAAAUUUUUCCCUUUUUUCUUCUGUUUAAAACUAUAUCAAAUCAUUCUAUUAUAGUGUUAUUUAAUAUGUAAAUUGUAUUGCUAUACAUAAAAUAAAGUAUGGUUUUUGAUGUA